AUGUCCGGAGGAAAGCACCUCCUCGUCGUCUUCGGCGCCACCGGCAACCAAGGCGGCUCGGUCGCCCACGCCGUCCUCUCCUCCCCGGACCUCUCCCAGCGCUACUCCGUGCGCGCCAUAACACGCAACCCCAACACGCCCGCAGCGCAAGCCCUCGCCUCCGCAGGCGCAGAAGUCGUCCGCGCGGACAUGGACGACCCGUCCACGCUCCCCGGCGCCCUGAAAAACGCAUCCUUCAUCUUCGCCGUAACCAACACGCACUACGGCCGCGACACGAAAGCCAUCGAGACGGCGCAGGCCCAAGCGCUGUGUUCCGAGGCGCUGAGGCAGGGCGCGCAGUACAUAAUCUGGAGCUCGAUGUCGCACCCGGUCGAGAUCUCGGGCGGGAAGCUGAAGCGGGUGGAGCACUUCGACGUCAAGGCGGAGAUCGAGACGUAUAUCCGCGGAUUGCCGGUGAAGAGCGCGUUCUUUGCGCCGGCGGGGUUUUUCCAGAACUACUACACGAGUCAGAAACCGAGACCUUCGACUGCUAAUGACGGGACGUAUGUCCUGGCUAGCCUGUGCCGUGGUGAUACUGUCCUGCCUCAGCUCGAUAUUACGGACACGGGCGCCUGGGUGUCUGCUAUCCUCGCUGAGCCGGAGAAGUACGAGGGGAAGUUCUUCGCUGCGGCUGAGGGUCUGUACACUAUGGAUGAAGUGGCCGCCACCAUGUCGAAGGUCUCUGGCAAGACGGUCAAGUUCCAGCAUGUUCCAGAUGAGGUGUUCAAGGGAUUUCUGCCGGAGGGGUACAGGGAGCAGCUUUUCGAAAUGUACCUGCUGUUCAGGGAUUAUGGGUACUAUGGCGAGAACAUGAAGGAGCAGGUUGAGUGGGCGAAGGCCCAGGCGAGAGGUAAGCUGACUAACUUGGAAGAGUUCUUGAGGAAGACGGAGUUUAAGCUAGAGUAG